AAAGAACAAAGUUUAGAAUUGAAAGUGGUUGGUUCAGAAAUGUGAAGUUAUUGCAUCAUUUGUAACCGUUGUGAGUGGACCAUGGUAAUAAAUAAAACGGAGGGGAAAUAAAAUAAAUAAAAAGUGGUAAGAUUCCAAAAACAAAAAUUUCACCAAAAAGGAAAGAAAGAAAGAAAGAAAGAAGAACUUGGCAGUCACGCUUAUUGCUUUCUUUAAAGGGUAGAUAAUAUCUUAAGUUUUUGGGUUUCUUUGGGUUGGUAUCGUUCAAUAAUGUCUCGACUUCUCUCCAAGCUCUCUCCCAUUAUGCACAGGAGGAGCAUGAGCGUUCGUUCGUUUUCAUCCUCCAUGACAGGUCCGUAUAUGUUGCGUAGUCUCAAAGUAAAUCCCUCGCCAGGAGGCGUCAACAUAGGGAAAGUGCUUGUGUUCGACCCAGCCAAAGAAGAGUUACUAGAACUCACAGACAAAGCAAUACCUGAAGAAAUAAUCAUGACCAAAGCAACCGGAGCUUCCAAGGGAUGGGGAUUUUUCAGUGACCCGCAAGAUAGCUGCAUACUCAUCACCGACGUCAUGAACCCAUGGUCUUGCAAAUCAAACCCCAAGAUCUUUACUCUGCCUCCACUUACUCCCCUGCCCUCUUGCCAAACUGAUGUCAUCUGGAGUGUGGCAAUGUCUUCUUGUCCUGAUGAUGACCAAGACUGGGUGGUUGGCAUCAAGUCCUUGGGUGACCAGCUGAGUUUCUGUAGGCCUCGUCGCGACUUGCGUUGGACUAAGAUCACAACCCCUCCUGACUACUUUCCAACCUCAAACCUCAUGUAUUCCAAGAAAGAUCGCAAGUUCUACUUGACCGGUCCUGGAGGCCAUCACUUGUUAUCCUAUGAUCUCCAUUUCAAGAAAUCCGACAAGCCUGAGUUCCAUGAGUUGGAGUUUCGCAACUUUCCAGAGUCGUUCAAGUAUGACUCGGAGCAAUCAGAGCUCUUUCCUUCUUCUUGCAGGACAGAACGCCUUGUGGAGUCAGCUUCCGGAGAUGAACGUUUCCUCGUCAAAUGGUACGCAAAAGGAUGUUUGGAUUCGAGAAAAAUAUCGUAUGAAACGCAGCGGAUCAUGGUGUUUAGAGAGGAGGAGACAACAGAUGGAAGAUUCAUGUGUUACACUGAUGACAUUGGAGAUAUGUGCAUCUUUGUUUCAAAGGGAGAGGCUUUUUGUAUCCCCGCAAGCUCUUUCCCUGGACUCAAACCAAACUCCAUUUAUUUUAUAGGCUUUGGUGUAGGUGUUUACGAUCUAACCACCAGAACCUCCUCAAGUUUUCAGGCUCCCACAGGUGCACUGAAUUAUCCUUGGGCCCCUUACUGGUUUCCUCCAUCUUCUAGCUAGUGCUGCUACGACUAAGGGUUGCUUCUGUUUCUAUUCCAUGUCUACUUGCUAAGAUCUAAAUCCAUUUGGACGAAAUAUAAAAAUUCAUUAUCAAUGGAUACAGUUCUUCUUUAGGUA